GUGGCGGGUGUAAUGCUUGGGUUUCAGUCAACGGCAGUGGGUGGUGGCAGGCCAGAAGAGAAGAGAAGAGGAAGGAAACAGGGGGGAGAUCAACGGCGGUGGGCGGUGGUGUCGGUUGCGAUCCGAGGGUUUGCGAUGGGGGCGGUCGACAGCGGUGGUCGUGGUGGCAGUAUCGGCGGUGGUGAUGGUGUAGCGGUGGCAGGCCAGAAGCUCUGAGAAGAGAAAGGAGAUGGCGGGCUAGAAGCUCAGCUCAGCGAUGACGAUGGCGGUCAACGGCCAGAAGAGAAGAGAGGCAAAAAUGGAGAAGCGAUGAGAGAGAUGAGAGGUCUGGGUCUCUGCAGCGAGCAGAUAGAAGGGAGAGUCGAUUUGCCUUUCGAGGGACAAGUUGCGGCUGUUCAAGAAUAGAUGUUUGGUGGUGGAUUUCAUAUGCAAACCUUGAUUGAUUGUAUAGAGUAAUGGACUCAGCUAGGGGUUGGUUUCAUAAGCUUCAAUCACGGGAUCGGUUGACAUCGUCGUCUAAGGAAAAGGAAUCCACUUCUACGGGAAAAGCAGAUGGUUCUUUAUCUGAUGAAGAAGCUUCAAACAUAACAAAACAGAGGGUUGCAUUGGCGAAGCAGUAUAUAGAGAACCAUUACAGGGAGCAAAAGAAAAUCCUGCAGGAGAGGAAGGAGCGACGUAAUUUAUUGGAGAAGAAGUUGGCUGAUGCUGAUGUGUCAGAGGAAGAUCAAAACAACCUACUGAAGUUCUUGGAGAAGAAGGAAACAGAGUACAUGCGUCUUCAGCGGCAUAAGAUGGGUGCUGAUGAUUUUGAGUUACUGACUAUGAUUGGAAAGGGUGCAUUUGGAGAGGUCAGAGUGUGUAGGGAAAAGACAACUGGUAACGUAUAUGCAAUGAAAAAGCUUAAGAAAUCAGAGAUGCUUCGUAGAGGCCAGGUUGAGCAUGUGAAAGCUGAAAGAAAUCUGCUUGCAGAGGUGGACAGCAAUUACAUUGUCAAACUAUAUUGUUCCUUCCAGGAUGAUGAGUUUCUAUACCUCAUAAUGGAAUACCUGCCUGGUGGAGAUGUCAUGACACUGCUUAUGAGAAAGGAUAUAUUAACCGAAGAUGAGGCCAGAUUUUAUGUUGCAGAAACAGUAUUGGCCAUUGAAUCAAUUCACAAACACAAUUACAUUCAUAGAGAUAUUAAGCCUGAUAACUUGCUGCUUGAUAGAUAUGGCCACUUGAGACUCUCAGAUUUUGGACUAUGUAAGCCUUUAGACUGCAACACUCUCCAAGAGAAGGAUUUUUCAGUGGGAGAAAGCUUAAAUGAUACUUCAGACAAUGCUGACAGUGAAAAUGCUGAACGUUCUUCAGCUCCAAAGCGUACCCAGCAAGAGAAAUUGCAGCAUUGGCAGAAAAACAGGAGGAUGCUCGCAUAUUCUACCGUUGGUACACCUGAUUACAUAGCUCCAGAAGUCUUAAUGAAGAAAGGUUAUGCAAUGGAAUGUGAUUGGUGGUCACUUGGUGCCAUUAUGUAUGAAAUGCUCGUGGGGUAUCCACCUUUUUAUUCUGAUGAUGCUAUGUCGACAUGUAGAAAGAUAGUAAACUGGAGAACACAUCUAAAAUUUCCCGAAGAGGCAAAAUUAUCCCCAGAAGCAAAAGAUCUUAUUAGCAAAUUACUGUGUAGUGUCAACCAGAGGCUGGGUUCAAAAGGUGCAGAAGAAAUAAAGGCUCAUCCCUUCUUUUGUGGUGUUGAUUGGGAGAGAAUAUACCAAAUGGAGGCUGCGUUCAUUCCCGAGGUCAAUGAUGAGUUGGACACUCAAAACUUUGAGAAGUUUGAGGAGUCCGACAACCUAACUCAAGCUCCAUCAAAGACAGGUCCAUGGAGAAAGAUGCUCUCACCAAAGGACAUUAACUUUGUAGGGUAUACAUAUAAGAACUUUGAAAUCGUCAAUGAUUUUCAAGUUCCCGGAAUGGCUGAACUAAAGAAGAAGACCCCGAAGCCAAAGAAGCCAACCAUCAAGUCACUUUUUGGGGAAGAUUCAGAUACUCAAGAUACAGCUAACGAACCUCCGCAAGGGAGCUUCAUGAAUCUCUUGCCCCCUCAUCAAGAAUUUUCUCAGAAAAGGGAAGGAUCAUCCUGACACUGCUACUCCCUCCAUUCCUUCUGAUGGAGAAGUUGCUCAUGCCCCACGUGUAAACCCAUUCAACUUUCAAGCGAAAUAAGCUCUUGUACUAACUACCAUCGUAUACGCGGAUCAGUAACUUUUGGCCAUGAAGAUAAAGUCUGAUAGGCGUGCGAUGUCAGAAGGCCUGUAGACAACAGCUGACCAUUGAAGGUGUCACUGGAAUAAGCAGAAUGCCUCCUCUGUGGUGGCUUGGCCAUUUUAAGCCAAACUUGUUAUGGGUAUAUAUAUUUUCACCAAGGGCAAGAAAGUAGGAGUCAUUUUGAUGACAAUGAAAGCUACAUUCUUUCGAAUUUUUUUAUUGGAAGUUAAACAAUAAUAGUGCUGUUUUUGUACUUAAAUAAGUUAUUUUAAUGAUUUUAUUUUUCUCUAUUGCAUAGGGGGUGACAUGAUCCAUAUGUUCUGCACAAUAAUUAUUUAUAAAUUAUGAUGAUGAUUGUCUUUGUUGCUGGUGGGUGGGUCAUCAAGCCACCAUCCA